AUGAGGGUGAUGCGGAUUGAUGUCUUCCUGAGGUUACCAUUCAUGUACCUUUCCAGCGGACUGAGUUUGUGUCGAAUGAGAAGGACAUCUUGCACCAUGGGUAGAUUCUGCCAUCUCUAUCUGAUCAUGAUUCUCUUGAUGAGAUCUGGUGAUGUUGAAACCAACCCUGGACCAGACAGGAUUGUCAGUGAGAAGGAUUUCUUGAAGCUGUCCAAGCAAAUUGAACCUAGCUACUACAAAGAGGUGGGCAUUAACCUGGACAUCUCCAUCGCAGAGCUAGGUCAAAUCGAGAAAGAUAGCCAUAAUACAAGUGAUGCAUUCAUGACAGUGUUCAUGAGAUGGAGAGACAAACAGCCUCCAGGCACUGACAUCAGGGCUCUUCUUGCAGAGGAAUUAGAAAGAAGUGACUUAGAGUCCCUCUCUGUCAAACUACUCACUGGCAGUCUCUUCCUGAAGCGGACAGGUGCACCUAUUACAAUGCCAGGAUCACAGACCCAACCACUUUCUCCUGACCUGAUCAAGAGAUGUGCAGAUGAUUUCAAAUUGAAAUACCGGACAACUCUCUGUAAGAUAAGAGCUGAUCCUCUCAUCCCAACUUCCACUGUGCAAUGGGACGACAUGUACACAAACCUUGUCCUGGAAAAGGAUGAUCGACAACGCAAGCGACCACUUGAGUACAAGGAUCUCUUUGAUCUAAAAGUCAAUGGAGAGUUCCCCAAGCGGAUCAUGGUUCAAGGAGAGGCUGGGGCUGGAAAGACAACAUUCUGUGCUAAGAUUGCCUGGGACUGGAUAAAUGAGAGUACUGUUCUCCCAAAGUUUGUGUGGGUACUUGUUGUCUCUUUUCGUGAAGCCAAGCAAUACACGAUCGGUGAGAUUGCCAAGUCGUAUCUCUCCAAGGACAACCCAGCAACAGCCUGCCAGAUCACUGAUUACAUCCGUUCAAAUCCAAAAGAUGUAUUUAUGGCGUUUGAUGGAUUAGAUGAGUUUGAUGGCAAGGUUGUACAGCAAAGGAAAGCUGGUUCAAAGUCGGAAUGUCACCAGCCAAAGUCUGCUGAUCAAACCAAGGCAAGAUCUAAAUCAAAGAUGAACAAGAAUAAGCGGCAGAAAUUAAUGCAGCCAAAGUCAUCAAGCCCAACAAGUGCCACUUCGCAGCCAAGAGUCAACAGUGCAGAGGCAAGUGGAAGUUCUUCAGAGAGAGGUAAAAUUGCACUUAAAGACAUUCUUCGUUCAGAUGAACUUGCCGCUUGCCCUGUGUUGGUGACAACUCGCCCAUGGAAGGUCAUGGAGAUUAGAUGGGAUGAUAGUCUGAGCAAACAGUACACUUUCAUGCAUGUGGAAGGUUUUAGCGUGGAGAAUGUGGAGGUUUACAUUCACAAGUACUUUCAAGAUGAUUGGGCCACAGCAGAGCAGCUUAUCCAAUUCACCAAAGACAAUGACGUCAUAUCUGAGAAUAUGGCCAUGUAUCCUAUCUACAUAGCUAUGCUCUGUUUUAUGUGGAGAGAACUUGGUGACGAAAAACAAGAAAAGUUUAAGUCAUUACAAACUUUUUCUCAAAUAUUUGAUGAAAUGUUUGAAUUCUUGAAAUUGCAUUAUGCUCAGAAAAAGAUCACAGAUUUAGAGAGCCCAGCUUUCCAAGCCUAUCGCUCUCAAAUUGAGAAGCUCAUGGAACCAGUUGCCAAAGUUGCUUUCCUUGGGCUACAAGGAAACACCCUUAUUUUCAAAGAAGGUGAUUUUGGACAGCGCUCAGACUCCAUUGAAACAGCUUGCAGAGUAGGGGUGUUGUCUCAGGAGAAAAAAUUGUCAUCUAUAAAUGAUAAGAGCAGUCCGUUCGUGCAGUCUACUAUCUUCUUUCCACACAAACUCUUCCAGGAGUACAUGGCUGGGGUCCAUCUUGCUUCCCUGUAUGAAUUAGACCACAAUGAAUUCAACAGGCUGAUUGAGCAAGUAGUGCUGCCUAGGAAUGAAGAGUUUAGACAUCUCCUUUACUUCACUGUAUCACGGAACAAAGCCAUUGCAAACCAUGUCAUGAAAUGCAUGGUGCAGGGUAACACCCCGAUCCCAAUUGAGAUGGAUUUCUUAGUUGAUGUAUCUUUUGAGAGUCAGGACCUAGAUACCGCAGCCUUGAUCUGGUAUGAGAUUAUUGGUUACACAUUUGGACCAAUUGUAUCACAUGAUUUGGCGGAGAUAAUAUGCUCUGUGCCCUCUCUAAAGGAUGUUUCACUAGAACGAGCAGUCUUGCACAGUGACUUCUAUGCAGUUCUAGCUAAAGAAGGAAGCAAGUCCAAGGUCCGAACUGUCAAGCUUGAAUCUUUAUUGUGUCCAACGUCAGCCCCUUCCCAUCACCUAGUAGAUGCUUUGUGUUCCAUGCCAAACCUGACUGAACUGACACUAAGUGGACAGGAGGAGGAGGAGUUCUAUUCUACACUGAAUGCAAAGGCAUCAACUUUACAGGUCCAAACUCUCAAGCUUGAAGGUUUUAGGUGUCUGAUAUCAGCCUCCUCACAUCACCUAGUAGAUUGUUUGUGUUCCAUGCCAAACCUGACUGAGCUGACACUAAGUGGACAUGAGGAGGAGGAGUUCUUUUCUAUACUGAAUGCAAAGGCGUCAACAUUACAGGUCCAAACUCUCAAGCUUGUAGGUUUAACGUGUCCGACAUCAGCCUCCUCACAUCACCUCGUAGACGCUUUGUGUUCCAUGCCAAACCUGAAUGAACUGACACUAAUGGGAUUUAAUUUUAAGGAGGAGUUCUUUUCUAAACUGAAUGCAGAGGCGUCAACCUUACAGGUUUGCCUCAUGAAAAAUAGUUUGGUCUUUGACGGAGCCUAA